UCAUUGACAUUUGAGACAUUCCUCGUGCGGUCGGUAAUUUGAAUAUAAAUAGGGGAAAACGGUGCACAGGUGUAUGCAGGCAGGUGGCGCCUCACGCGCGCAGACUAGACACGUAAUAACUGUACUCCAAAAGUACACACCAGAAAGUUUACAUUGGACUCAUCUGUUCCUUGCUAAAUGAUUGGACCUUAACACCAUGAACCAAUGACUCGUACUUCGCAGCACUAAGUCGUAGUUUUGUUAAUGUUCCACGAUUCCACGAGUUGUUGAAGUGCUUGGUUGGAAUUGGAUUUGUAGUUCGUGUUCUGGCCUCCCAGAGUCUCCCAUUUGGAUUUUCUGGCUGCACUACCUGCGGAGGAAGCAUCUUGUUUGGUUCAAUUUCCCGUGUGAACUUCAAAAGAUAUUGAAGUGUUUCGCGGUGUCCCACGCACGAGGAUCACACGUCUAGCGGACUAUGGGGAGUUUGGCGUGGUGUCUCCCGCAGCUGGCCGCUGUUCUGGCGCUGGCGUGGGGGCAGAAUUUGGACACCCAGUGGCCGGUCAAGCAUUCUGGGCCGGCGGGGAGCAUGUUUGGCUACUCGGUGGCGUUGCACAGGGAGGGUAGCACGAAUUGGUUACUGGUGGGUGCUCCUAAAGCUCAGACCCCACAGCCUGAUGUCGUCCAAGGGGGUGCUGUAUACAAAUGCCCCGUUGCACCCCUCAACAGCCCAGGAGACUGCGAACAGAUACCCUUUGAUUUAACAGGUCACACGGUCGAUGCGAGGGGAGAUCAAGUCGCUGACAAAUCACACCAGUGGUUUGGCGCGUCGCUGAAAAGCGCCGGUCCAGAUGGCCGUGUGGUGGCCUGCGCUCCCCGGUACACGUGGUUCUUCACAGCAGAAAUGAAGGACGAACAGAGGGAACCAGUGGGUCACUGCUACGUCAGCGAAAACAACUUUUCAGAGUUUGACGAGUACGCGCCCUGCAGGACAACCGAUAUCAAGCUCUGGGGCUUCAAAGGUAUUACUCACUGUCAAGCAGGCUUCAGUGCCGAAAUUACCAAAGAUAGUAAUCUGCUAGUCAUGGGAGCAGCUGGAAGCUUCUAUUUGCAGGGUCAAAUUUACGUCCAGAAUCUUGUGUCGAAUGCCGCACCGAUAGCUACUCCAGAGUUGCCGCCAACAUUUGACGACAGUUAUAGCGGUUUUGAUGUGGCAUUAGGCGAUUUCACCGGUGACAGUCAGCCGGAGUAUGUCGUGGGAGCUCCACGGGGAAAUUAUCUCGCUGGCAAAGUCACUAUCUUUGACACGGAAUUGAACCAGCUGACGGAACUGAGAGGGGAACAGACCUUCUCCUACUUUGGCAACACCGUGGUCGCCGAAGACCUCAACGGAGACGGAUUGGAUGACGUCGUUGUUGGAGCUCCUUUGUACUCUGACAGGAGGACCACGGUGGAGAAAUGGGAGGCGGGAAAGGUGUACAUCUACUACCAAAAUGCAGAUCAUAGUUUUUCCGAACCCAGUACUAUCACCGGGGAGAUGAUUAGGUCACGGCUGGGGUCAUCCAUUGCGUCGCUAGGAGACGUCAAUCAGGACGGCUACAAUGACAUAGCCAUCGGGGCACCAUACCAAGGUGAGAAUCAGGCAGGCGUUGUGUACAUCUACUACGGGACACCAGACGGUCUGCGGCUCCGAAGCUCACAGGUUUUGACGCCCGCAGAUUUCAACCUUAAGAAUAUUACAACGUUUGGCUUCUCAUUGACUGGAGGGCUGGAUAUGGACGAGAAUAACUACCCAGAUCUUUUAAUUGGAGCUGAAAACUCAGAUUUAGCAGUACUAGUACGGGCUCGGCCAGUCAUUUCCAUAGCAGCUGUCCUAUCUAUCAGCCCAGAAGGAAUCAACUUAGACAACAAAAGCUUAAUUCUUCAAGAUGGCACUCCAGUCACAAGUUUUGAAAUCACUUCCUGUUUUACAUACAAAGGGAAACAUCUCCCAGACACUGCACUGAUACAGUACACGCUGUCUCUGGACACUCUCCAGAUGGUCAGCCCGAGGGCGCUGUUCGCCGCGGGCUCAGCGCCGGGUACCAACCAAGACAAGACCAAAAUGGAGCUGACCAAGGAAAGUGAAUAUUGCCGCGUCAGUAUGGCUUACGUCAAGCCGAGCAUUCGUGACAAACUGCGACCGAUCUCGGUCAACUUGGAGUACGGUUUGAACACCGAGGAUGCCGUAUAUCAAGAUUAUGAGCUCCAACCGUUCCUGAGCUCGGAAUCCUCCUCCGUCACGAUGAAGCAGGUGUACAUCAACAACAACUGCGCAGACAACGUCUGCAUCCCAGAUCUAGAAGUGAAAGCAACGACGUCUACCAGUGAGCUGGUGAUUGGCAGUGGUGAUUCUAUCUUGCUGAACACCAUAGUGCUGAACAAGGGGGAGGAUGCCUUCUUAGCAACACUGAGGGUUGUCGUGCCGACGGGCGUGCAGUUUGUGCGCGUGGAGCGAAAGCAAGAAGAUUAUUCCUUGACCUGUAGCGAUGACACGGAAGUGAAUACCAUCAUCUGUGACAUCGGAAACCCUCUCGGAGGUAAAAACCAGGUGGAUUUUGGUUUAAAGUUCUCCAGUUUCCAGCUAAGCGGCGACAAGUCGUCGGUGGUAUUUGCCAUGUCUGCAAUGAGUGAAAAUGUCGAGGCCUCCACAGACAAGUUGGCUGACAACUUUGUAAACAUCACAGUGGGAGUCAAGGCCGAGGUUGACCUUGUGCUGCUGGGGCGAUCGAUACCGGCCCAGGUAGCUUACUCGCCGGAAGGAAUCGACAACCCCGAGAUCAUCAAGGAAAGUGAGGCAGGACCCCAAGUCGUUCAUGUCUACGAGGUAAGCAACGCUGGGCCCAGUGACGCCGGCCUGAUCACCUUUGACGUCUCCUGGCCCAUGCUGGAUGCUGACAAGAAGUUCUUGCUGUAUCUCAUCAAGGUGGAGCCCAGCUCCGGCAGUCAAUGCAGAGUCUCCGGUGAAGUCAACCCUCUGAAUCUCACGCUUGAAGAAAAUAACCAAGCCAACAACGUGAGCGGCCCCAACAAUGCCAGCGUGGAGGUACAACGUCAGCGACGGCAGGCUGACCAGCCAGAGCAGCAGGUCCACACAGCAGACUGCUCCACGGGCAACUGCCUGACCAUCAGCUGCACCAUCCAGCAUCUGAAAGGUGGACAGAGCGAAGUCAUUAGGUUCUUGGCCCGGCUCUGGAACAACACUCUGGUUGAGACGACCUUUGACCGGUUAGUGAUUUCCUCCCGAGGUGUUGCUAGGGUGAUCAACCUUCCAUACACGAUAGACCCGCCGGAAUUACCUCAAGUCAUGAUGGAGGUUUCAACGAUAGCAAGCCCAGAUGAACCUGUUGUAAAGAGGGUUCCUAUUUGGAUAAUAAUUGUUGCCGUGAUAGGAGGCCUGCUGCUUCUACUAAUUGUCAUCCUAGUGCUGUGGAAGUGUGGUUUCUUCAAAAGAAAGAAAUACUCACCCAUCGCAUCGGACGAGAAGAGAGCAGAUUUAUGAUGAGGCUGAAACGGACCACCAAAAGACUUAGACAACUCUAUUACCAAAUACUGACGCAUUUUUUACUAAAAAGUACACGUAUGCACGCAUGCCUUCCAAAAAAAAAGCACUCGUUUUUACCAUUAUUGUUCAAAUGCAUGCAUUUGUAAAAUGUGUUUUUGAAACUUUCACUCAUUUCUAAAAACCAUGUUUUCUUGAAAGUAAUUUGUCUUUUGCAACAUGAAGGAGCAGUGGUUUUGUAAUGUAAGGCAUCUCUCUCAAAUGGUAAACUCAAAAACAAUUUUUCGUGAAGGGGUGUCAUCCAAAGUUGUUAACGUGAAACAGGCGACCCCUCGGGAAAACUUCAUUUGAGAUUUCGUCAUCUUUUGAAUGUCACGGUUUCUUUCGGUUCUGUGUAUCACACCAAAUUCUAAGAGGUUUUUGAAAUCCGUCUGUUUUUGAUGUAUUUGCCUUCUCGAAAAAAGUCUUCCACUAUAACUGUUUACUUCCUAGUCAGUACUGUAAUUUUUGUUUUUCUUGUUGAGCAGCGUGUCUUGAAGUUGUUUGAACUUGUAUUUAGAAGAACAUAUUUUUUUUUAGAUUUGUGUGUACUACGCGGCUGAAUUUUUGCAGGUUGAAAUUGUUGACCUUAUUUCCACAUGCUGUAUUCAUUUGUUUAAGUGUUUGGUUUGAAUGUUUUGAGAGAAAUAAUUCCGUGAAGUUCAGAGUUUUAUGUGUUUGUGAGUGCGGGAACAAACUGAGUGACGGACAAAGCGAGAAUAGAUUUACUAAUGCUAAAGACAACAUGACUGAAUUUUGUAUAUUUCAUCCACCAGCAAUUUUUCAAGCAUACAGCUGCUGCAGCAUGUUCAGAAAUAAAUAGGAAAACAUACCGUAGUUGGUCAUUUUUAUACCAAAUAAUUCCACCCAAACUUUUUAAAAGAGCUUCAGUUUUAGCCGGGUUUUCUUUGGUAGUAAAAUUUUACCUAUUUUUUUGUUGAAAUGUGUGUGUUAUACUUCCAUGUUUUUACAUCUUUUUUAUGGUAAAGUUUCAGCAGAACCUUUGAAGGGAAACUGGAUGUGUUUUAGUUGAGAAAACAAAAAAUUAAAAUAUGAUCGCUUUGACCUGAGGUUCUGUAGAUAA